GUUAGGUUAUAAUUAUCAGAAACUCAGUAGGUAUCUGAAGUAAAGUUUUAAAAAUAUUGUCAUUCAAGAAACAUGUACGUUUCUGUAUACACCGUACUGUUUUGACAAGCGCAAAGAGACUGUGAUUCCCCUUAUAAAUUCUCAUUGGAGUGUGACAAUGGCAGAAAAUGAAAUUCUUAGAUGUGGAUGGUUGACAAAAGACCCAUUAUACAUAAAAUAUCACGAUGAAGAGUGGGGCAAACCACAAUAUAAUAACGACGCUUUGUUUGAAAUGUUGUGUUUAGAAGGCCAACAAGCAGGGCUCUCGUGGUUAACGAUAUUGAAGAAGAGGGAAAACUAUAGAAAGAUAUUUUUUAACUUUGAUCCUCACAAAAUAUCAAAGUUAACGGAAAAGGAUGUGAAAUUAAUUUUGAAUGAAUCUGGAGUUGUAAGGCAUAAAGGAAAAAUAGAUUCAAUAAUAAACAAUGCCAAAUGUUACUUGCAAAUGAAAAACGAAGGUGAAGAUUUUUCCAAUUUUAUUUGGAGUUUUGUCAAUAAAAAACCCAUUAUCAAUACUUGGAAACACCACAAAGACAUCCCUCCCGAAACACCAGAAUCUACAGCCUUAUCUAAAGCUUUGAAAAAAAGGGGUUUUAAGUUUGUGGGCUCCAAAAUAUGUUACGCAUUCAUGCAAGCAUGUGGUCUUGUCAAUGAUCAUGUUUUAAACUGUAUGUGUUACAAUAUAUAUAAAUAAAAACCCUAUCUCAGAUACAUAGAAUUCUCGUAAGCCCUUUGUUGUAAAUAUAAAUAAGUUUGUACGUUUAUAAAAAUAAUACUAAUUGCA